AACAAGCCGGUCCCACACAAAGCGGGGAAUGGGAUGAGUGAGGCAGCUGAACAGAAGCACAGUAACUUCUGCUGAGAAACAGAGGGAGGAAUCCUGCUCCUGCAGCGAGGGAAGACAAGGAGGAGGACGACUAGACAGGACAAGGAAAACUGAGAGGACAGUGGGUCCAGUCGAUUGAGACAAGUGAAGGAGCAAAGGGGGAAAAAAGGAGAAAAAACAACAAAAGUAGGACAAAAAAAUAUAUAUAUUGGAGACUGGCGGUGCUGGAAGAGAGUGCUUGACACGCGGGGAAAAGAUACACACACACACAUACUCACAUCCACAUUUGUGCCUCCUUGGAAGUCAGCAUGAAUCGAGACAGUCAAAGUGAGGACACUUUGUCAACCAUGGUUCUGGAGAACAUCAAGAACAAACUGAUUCACGCAUUCAGGACCACUGGUGAACCACGGGAUGCCCCAGAGUCUACUACUGGGCCCUUUAGCAUUGGCAGGAGUUACCAAGCCAAUGAGGAACUGCGGAGAGCUAAGAUAGAUGGAGCCAUAACCUGGCUAAGAUCUGAACUGCUGGAAAUGCGCUCUCAGGACCAACAGCUGGCCCAGACCCUGCUGGGACUCAACAAUGAGAUCCAGAGACUGAGGCGGGAGAGUAUGUCUGGGGCUCUGGAGCCGGAGGGGGGUGAACACCACUAACCAACCCAAACCAGUGCACCUCCCCUGGGGGAAACAGAGAGUGAGGGUGGAGGUUUCCUGCUGGAAUUACCUGGAACCCUGUCUGAAUCCAUGACCAGACUAUGUCCUUUGGCAUUUCUAAAACAGAUACGUGGAAGUGUUACACAAACGAGACCCUUGGAAUGAGGAUUCCCUUGUAAAGGUCACAUGGCAUGUUUGAUGUUGGCUGUGAGGGACCCAAUGGACUGGAUAGGAUUCGAUGAGUCAUAGACAUAAGGAUGUUUCAAACUUGUGAGGUAGUGUUCAAUGUCGCAUGCAUACAUUUUCAGUCCUGUGUCAUUCACCAAGUGAGAUCCAAAGCGAAUAUGUUAUCAUUAAAAUUCUAUUAUUUAAGACAAAACAAUCCGUAUUUCAUAAGGCCUUAUUUUGAGGGCCUAGCUUUACCUUAAUACAGUGGCCUGAAACUAAGGUUUUUACAGGUCACAUCAGACCUAUAAAUCGCAUUAUGCUGGUUUGCAAAGUGAUGCGUUACUCCUAUUGGAAUUCUACCAGAAUCCAACAUUCAGAAUUUUUAGUCACCCACAAACUGCAUUCAGAAUGAUUGCCAGUGUUAGGAAGACUAAGGGGGUAUCACACUGAAUUGGCUUGGAGCAGUUUUUCCCGAACUCUGGUGCGUUUACCCCCUUUGUUUGGUUUGUUUUGUUUGUUCUGGUGUGAACACUCUAUCUGCACUAACGCACCGUGGUUCGCUCAAAAAUGUUGGUCUCUAAUGCGAUUAAUUUCGUACCAUGGUGCAGUUUGCUGCCGGUGAGAACGCAGUUGAUGAAAUUCCCGCAAGAUCAUAACAUGAAAUAUCUGACACAUUCUGUGUGUAGCAGCGCAUCCGAUGCAGAUUAGUGGAGACUGGAGCUAUACUGGAGAUAGAUGCUACUGAAUAUAGUCUAUUCAUUUAGCCUAUUCAGUCACAGUCGGAGCGGCUAUUGUGCUGUUUCCUCCCGCAUGUUGUUGGAAGACCAAAACAAAAGUAAUAUGAAGAUUGGGACACAUACAGUGGGGCAA